GAAUAUGGGACUUUCAAAAACCAUAGCUGUUGACAAUGUAUCUCAUUGGUUUGCCUCUCUGCUUCUGUCAGCAGGUGAGGCAGCUGUGAUUUUUGCCAAUAGAAGAGACAGGCGCCAGUGCCUGCUGUCACCUCAUCUGAGGAGCCUGGGCAGCAGUGAUGUCUGCCAGCUCGUCUGAGGAGGCGGCGCAACGGCGCGAGCUGGGACAGCUGGUCCGCCAGCUGACCGAGUCCGGCCUGCCGCAGCUGGACGCGCAGCUGGCGCGCCGCGUGCGCCAGCUCUGCCGCCGCUCGGAGCCGCUGGUGGACGCCGCCUACGAGCUAACGCUGCGCCAGCUGCGCCGGCCGCACGCCGAGCGCCGGCUCUCGGCGCUGCAGCUACUCGACGAGCUGUUCCGCCGCUCGCACCGGCUGCGGCAGCGCGCCGUGGCAGACCUCCAGCUCAUCAUCGACCUGUGCUUCGAGACGGCGGGCCCGCUGCCGGCGCCGGCGGCCGCCGCCCGCCGCCUCACGGCCGCCGCCGCCGCCGCGCUCCGUCACUGGCACGACACGUACGCCGACGGCUACAAGAAGCUGGCCGUGGCCUACCGGUUCCUGCAGCAGAACCGUCCGGGCGACCUGCUGCCGUCCCGGGCGGAGGAGGAGGCUGCGCGCCGGGCGGCCGACGCCGAGCGGCUGCGUCUGGAGCGGCUCAAACAGGCCAAACUCGACCAGCUACAGCAGGAGAUCGGCGAACGGCGAGACGAGAUCGUCAGCACCAUGACUCAGGUGGAGAGCUGUUUCAGCCUGCUGCUGCCAGACGUGGCCCUGCUGGACGCGGGCGCGGACUCGGGGGAGGACUCGGACGCCAGUGACGGGGAGGUAGAGGAGGUGGCUGGACUCGUCGAUGAGAAGGAAGGAGGGAAUGUGGAAGGAGUAGACUCCGGUGACCCGGGUGAACCAGAGGCCGACAAUCUGCCCUACGACCCGAACUGGGCGGGCAGCGCGCUGCGCGGACACGGCCAGCUCUCGGGCCGCCACCGUGUAGAGGUGACGUUGCCGGCGCGCCCCGAGCCCCUGGCCAUCACUGACGAUAACCGGGCGGUGGUGGAGACGCUGCGAGGCCUGGUGACGGCCGUCCGCCGCUCGCAGCUGCCGACCGUGCAGCGGUGGAUUCAGCUCACCGAGUCAGCCGGAGGCGGUGACGAUUCGCUGCGGCAGCUGAUGGCUGUCCGGGACGCGCUCGGCUCGGCCCUGCGCCGGUACGAGGCGCUACAGCUCAGCUCGAGGCGCACAGACGGCGCCGGCAGCUCCAGCGACGACAGCGACUGGGAGGAGGUGCCCGAUGCCGAGGACGCGUCGGCGCUGGUGGCGCGGGCCGCUUCCGGUACAGACUCUCGGCCCGCACCGAAAACGACCGUACGGAGUUCCACCGCGGUGGCCAGGCCUGCCGAGCAUAUCAAGUCUUCAGAGCUGACAAAGGCCGGUGUGGGGCAGACGAAGGUCGGAGAAGAGUCUACAGAGACCGGAGAAAAGCCGGCGAAGCUACCUGAGGCUGGAGUCGAGGCGGUGGAGCCGGGAGAGGCCGAUGUCGGGUCAGACUCGCCGCCAGACUCCGGCUCGGCAAAUGAGCGCGCGGCGCGUCGGGCACGGCUGCUGGCGCAGGCUCCACGGCUGGGUUACAGCGCCGACCUAGUGACAUGGGAGCGCGGGCCGGGCCCGGCCGCCGGCCCGGCGCCCCACCAGUGCGAGACGGCGCGCGUGUGGCGCAGCGCCGCCGACGUGGCUCCGCCGCCGGCCGAGUCGGCCGACCUGCGGGUGACAGAGUUCAGCGGCCAGUUCGAGCCGGUGGAGCACCGGUGCGGCGCGCGGCUGCCCAGCGGCCGACUGUGCCCGCGCGCCGACCGACACAAGUGUCCGCUGCACGGGCCCAUCGUACCGCGAGACGAGCACGGCGAGCCACUGAGCGCCGAGCUGCGCCAGAAGGAGCGCGAGGCGCGCGCCAGAGGAGAGGACUGGCAGGACCCGCGCCUGCUGGCGGAGCUGCGCGUCACCACCGGUCUGGACCUUACGGUGGGCCGCGGCCGGCGGCGGCGGCGGGCCGGCGGUCCCGGGCCGGGCCUGACCGACCUGCGCCGGCCGGCCUCGGCCCGCCGCCGACUGGCCGACAAACUGUUCAGCGCCGGCACCGUGCGCCGGCUGGCGACCGCUCUGGACCGGCUGGACCGGCGCCGGCACGGAGACAAGUUCGGCGACCAGUUCAACUACCAGGUGACGGGCCGGUGACCGGUCAGCUCUCCAGUGACCGUCCGGUGACCGGUCAGCUCUCCAGUCCAGUGACCGUCCGGUGACCAGGUGACCUCACCUGGGAAUUCCCUGUGGUCACUCGGUAACCGCCUGGGACGGCGGUUAGUCGGUCUCGCGCUGGGAUACACGCGGACGUGUGUUGCGUCACGGGUGACCAUCUGACACGUCAUGGGGAGUUCUGCCCACGACACUGUGUAUCGUUUUAUGUCGCGCCAUCAUAAAACUGACGAGACUGACUGACAAUAUUGACAAACACUGACAUUGUAUCUUAUUGAAAUGUUGUGAUACCUGAUGCUUUACCUCAACUUCAUUAACGCUGGCCACUUCUAUAAAGCUUUUUGUAAGGAU